ACAGACCCUCUCUCCGCCAUCUUGGAAGUGGAACAAAAGAUCGCGCAACGUGUCGCUCUUGCAUUUGCGGCGAUCGAGUCUUCUCCGCGCAGCAAAUAAAGCUACUUAACCGCCGUCUCCCGGUCUCUUAGCCUCUGCAAGUCGCCAUGAAGACGGAAGGAGGAGCAGGAAUUCCACUACCCGGGUUUUUACCCAAACUUUCCCAUGACAAACAAGACACGUUGCUUAAGCUACUCAUACUUUCCAUUGCCGGGAUUCUAUCUUUCUCUACACGAUUGUUUUCAGUGCUAAGGUUUGAGAGUGUCAUCCAUGAAUUUGAUCCGUACUUCAACUACCGAACAACAAGGUUCUUGGUGGAAGAAGGGUUUUACAGUUUCCAUAACUGGUUUGAUGACCGGGCGUGGUACCCUCUGGGGCGUAUCAUUGGUGGCACCAUUUAUCCUGGUCUGAUGGUGACGUCAGCGGUGUUGUACCACGUCAUGAACUUCUUCCACAUCACUAUUGACAUCCGUAAUGUGUGCGUGUUCCUGGCCCCUCUGUUCUCAUCGCUAACCGCUCUUGUAACCUUCUACUUCACCAAGGAGCUGAAGGAUGUAGGUGCUGGCUUGGUGGCUGCCUCCAUGAUAGCCAUUGUACCAGGCUACAUCUCCCGAUCUGUGGCUGGUUCCUAUGACAACGAGGGCAUUGCUAUCUUCUGUAUGUUGCUGACGUAUGCACUGUGGGUGAAAUCUGUCAAGACCGGCUCUGUUUUCUGGUCAACAAUGUGUGCACUAGCCUACUUUUACAUGGUGUCGUCUUGGGGUGGUUAUGUCUUCCUCAUCAAUCUGAUCCCCCUGCACGUGCUUGUCCUCAUGAUCACUGGAAGAUUCUCACACAGAAUCUAUGUUGCUUACUCUUCGGUUUACUGUUUGGGAACUAUUCUGUCCAUGCAGAUCUCAUUUGUAGGAUUCCAGCCAGUUCAAUCCAGUGAGCACAUGGCGGCCUUUGGAGUGUUUGGUUUGUGCCAGAUCCACGCAUUUGUUGACUACGUGCGAGCUCGCAUGUCUCGGGAGCACUUCCAAUUUCUGUUCAAGGUGGUUGUUACCAUCGCUUCUCUUGUUGUCUUCGUUGUUGGUGGUGUACUGACUGCUACUGGAAAGAUUUCCCCGUGGACUGGCAGGUUUUACUCUCUCUUGGACCCAUCGUAUGCCAAGAAUAACAUCCCCAUUAUUGCCUCCGUCUCUGAACAUCAGCCCACCACCUGGUCGUCAUUCUACUUUGACCUGCAAAUUCUUGUGUUCAUGUUCCCGGUUGGGCUUUAUUACUGCUUCAGCAAGCUGACUGAUGCUAACAUCUUUAUUAUCAUGUAUGGCAUCACCAGUAUCUACUUUGCGGGUGUGAUGGUGCGUCUCAUGCUGGUCUUGGCCCCUGUUGCAUGUAUACUGUCAGGAAUCAGUGUGUCCUCCAUCUUAACAACCUACAUGAAGAAUCUGGAAACUUCCAAACGAUCAAGUAACAAGACUGCAAAAAAAGGUGACCCUUCGUACCCAAUCAAGAAUGAGGUUGCCACUGUCAUGAUUGGCAUGAUGACAUUAUUCCUCAUCACCUACACCUUCCAUUGCACAUGGGUCACCUCUGAAGCGUACUCCUCACCAUCCAUCGUCCUGUCAGCUAAGCAGCAUGACGGAUCUCGUGUCAUCUUCGACGACUUCAGAGAGGCAUAUUACUGGCUCCGACAAAACACUCCUGAGAAUUCUAAAGUGAUGUCAUGGUGGGAUUACGGCUACCAGAUCACUGCAAUGGCAAACAGGACGAUCCUAGUUGAUAACAAUACUUGGAACAACACCCACAUAUCCCGCGUAGGCCAGGCCAUGGCUUCACCUGAAGAUAAGGCGUAUGAGAUCAUGCGUGAGCUGGACGUGGAUUACGUGCUCGUCAUCUUUGGCGGGCUGACGGGCUAUGCCUCGGAUGACAUCAACAAGUUCUUGUGGAUGGUUCGUAUCGGAGGGAGCACAGAGAAAGGCCAGCACAUCAAGGAACACGACUAUUAUACGCCAACUGGCGAAUUCCGGGUUGACAGAGAGGGUUCUCAGACGCUGUUGAACUGCCUCAUGUACAAGAUGUGCUACUACCGAUUCGGUUCCGUCUACACAGAGCAGGGCAAGCCUACUGGCUAUGACCGCGUCAGGAACGCUGAGAUUGGAAACAAGGAGUUCGAGCUGGACGUGCUGGAAGAGGCGUAUACCACGGAGCACUGGCUUGUCCGGAUCUACAAGGUCAAGGACCUGGAUAACCGCGGCUCCUAAUAACACAUUUUUUUUAAAUGUAUUCUACUUUAGCAAUUGACGCGACUUGCCAGAGAGUUUUGUAAGCAAAGUCAUCUAAUAAAUAAAUAUGGUUCACCUUUUA